AUACGAAACUCCGUCCUUAUUUAGCGUAAAUGGGAACGUUGUGGACUGGCAACAACAAUAGUCGGCGUGCAUAUCAUCACAACCGCCAUAUUUAUGAAUUCCGUGGAAAGCUAGCUAAUGAACUAGCUAGCCAGCUCGUAAGAUAGGUAGCUUGCUAACAUUAGCCAAGUUAACUCCUCGGAAAACAGUAACUAGCAACCUCGCUAGGUAGUUAGCCAGUUGUGGUUAAGGCCUGUCGGUCUAGUCAGUUGUUGAGGACUGUCCUUCUUCACCCCCAUCCCUCUCCCACAGCAAGCAUGGCUCAGGAAACUAAUCAGUCACAGGUGCCAAUGUGGUGCACUAUGGGCUGUGGUUUCUAUGGUAAUCCCCGCACCAAUGGGAUGUGCUCAGUCUGCUACAAAGAACACCUGCAGAGACAAAAAGGAGGGGGUCGUGCCAGCCCCCCAGGUGAAAAAGUAGUGCCUGCACCGGUAGGGUCUCCAGCAGGUGCCGGUAUUUCUGUGGAGAGCACCUCUGGUGCUGAUGGAGUCCUCAAAUCGGAAGAAAGAAAAUCCAGCUCCCCCAGCCCAGUCACCCAGCAGAUGACAGCCAUGAGCAUCUCCCAGGAUAGCGGAACCACUGACUCAGACCGGGCAGAAGAAGAGGAGGAAGGGACAUCCAAACCCUCAGGGCUGUCUGUGGAAGCAGCUCAGGCCUCCUCUGAUGGAGACCAGACCCCUGACAAGAGCAAGAAGAAGAACCGCUGUUUUACCUGUCGAAAAAAAGUGGGCCUCACGGGCUUCGACUGUCGCUGUGGAAACCUGUUCUGUGCUAUCCACCGCUACUCUGACAAACAUGACUGUCCCUAUGACUACCGGGGGGCUGCCGCUGCCCGCAUCCGCAAGGAGAACCCCAUCGUGGUGGCAGAGAAGAUCCAGAAGUUGUGAGGAGUGAGCAGGCUUCCUUGAAGUGCAAAUUUGGAACGGAAAGGUGGCACGGAGUAAUACAUGAUAUAAAAGACUUUUCCAGUUCAUUGUAGGGUAGGGAGAGUUUGGGGAUGAGCCAGGUGGGUCAAGUUGUUACAGCCUUCCCCCAACCACUUCCCUAAUUAACCCUUCUUUCUCUCCUCAAGCGAUUGAGCAGAUGUGCGAGUAAAUGGCUAAGAAGAGUGAUGAUGUGUGUUGACAUUGCCUGGGAGGAAGGGAGGGUGUAGUUGGGUCUGGCAUUUGGGCAUUUAAAUCCACUUUGGGGAUGUGGCAUUUUUAGUUUUAACCUUUUUUCCCUCCAAACUUGACAUAUUUAUUUUUAUAUUCCUCUAUCAGUUAAAUAGGGUUGGGGGUAAGCUGUUUAAGAGACAGGGACAGCUUGGGUAAAGGCACAGGGGAAGUUAAAGGGAAAGGUUCUGUAUGAUACAGAUUCUGGGAGUUUCUGUUGCCAGGCAAGGGUUUUGAAAGCUCCUGAUGUAUGUACAUGGGCAAAGUCUCAUUCACAGUUACAAGUUUUUUUUUUUUUUUUUUUUAGAUUUUUAAAGACAUUCUUCAUCAGAGGGGCAAACAAAUGUAUAGCUCCCAGUCUGCAUUUACAAAGCGUCUCUUUUAUAUAUUGACUUUUAUCAUACUAAUGUUGGGCGCAUGAACCAUUACUUGAGGGGUUUGAUGUAGCCUUGAGAUAACUGAGUGAUUGACUUCUGUUUUUAUCCUUUGCUUUUAAAGGUAAAGUCUGCUCAGAAUUCCAAAUGUAAAAUGUUUCAUGAUGUCUAAAAAGUGCCUACCUGCCCAAUUGAGCAUUCCAGAAUGCAUCUUUUAAGCCAGGAACCCUCCAUCAGUUGAUGAUCCAAGUCAGUUUUACUGCUGGCCUGACCUUUUCAUUGUACUGAAAGGAGAAAUGCAAACCUUUAUCGACGAUAUCAAAGGUAUCAUCUUCCACAGACCAUUCUCCAAUCUCUUAGGCAUAAAAAGUCAUAUAUAAAGUGUCUUGUAUAACAAAAUUGAAAAGAUGAGCUUCACAGCUUAAACUAGGACAGAGGACAGAUACCAACUUUAAAAGCUACAACCAGGUAUCAUGCUGAUUGGUCCUGAUGAGCUUUUUUUGUGUUUUUCCCCCUUUUCCUGUUUCUGGUCCAGCAAUGGUAUGUCAGGUUCAUAUGAGGUUGUUGACCUGUAUGUAUUACUUUCCACUUGGUUUCUUAACUACAAAAUCGUCAGCACAUACAAACCACAGAUUGUCGCAUUAGUGUUCUCAGAACACGUCUAACUCCAUGAUUCUUACAGUUGAAGUGAUUAGACAGCUGUCUGUGGGGGAAAAAAACAGCUUUUCCCAUUGGAUUUUGCAUUUCUAGACUUACUCUAAUGAAAAGUUCUGGCUGGAGGUAAUGCCAGCUUACCGCAUCCACUGGAGGAGGGGAGUUGGGUUCCAGGCAUACAGAACAUGAUUCAGAAUGCUCAGUCAUGCAUGUGAGGACAUUAUGUAUAUUAUUAAACAACAGAUUUACACCUUUGACCGGACUUUCCCUUUAAUGAGUGUAUGACACCAGAAUAUCCAUAUUAAUAUAUUGUUAGCUUGAAUUGUGUGAUUGAAUUCUAUUUAUUUUUUUUUCUUUUCUUAAUUAUCAUUGGGAUGGUUUGUAUGGAGGAUAGGCAGCAUGUAAGCAAGUCAUAAGAUUUGUACUUCUUUCAAUUAUAUUUAAGCAUUUCCUCCUUUGAUUAUGUAAUCAACUUUGGAAAAACAGUCCAGUAUUCAUUGGAGUAGAGUCCUGUUAGUAUAAGUAGGUGGGCUUGAGCUGAAAUGGAGCAUCCAUUUGCAGACAUUUUGCCCACUGUUUUGAAUUCCAAGCACAAGCAAUUGUAAGUGUUACAUACACAGCACAAAUGGAGUUGAGAUUUUUAACGUACAGUGGAGCCUCCUUACCCUUCAUUAGGUUGAAACAGAUACAGAGCUUGAAUACAACAGACUCAUUUGAUGAUCUACUUGUUUGUGGUACAAAGUAUCAUCAGUUUGAAAGUCACUCCUAAAUGCAGUAGAUUGUUUUCAUUCUGGUUCACAGAUUGGGAUAUGCUUCUCUGUGGAAUAUGUCAGAAAACUUUUUGACAAAGUAACAAUGUGCACCACAACAUAGUGCUUUAUGGUGUACUCGACUUAUCCAUCAUAAGAGACACAGUAUCCCCUCGACAUCCAGACAGCUGGAAUUCACAUGUCUGCACAGCUGAAUUGAGAUGCUAUAUUGUGUUGUCUCAUUCUAACCUGUAUUGCAUUAGGUGAGGUGAUCUGGCCUUGCCUAUGGCAUCAGCGCCACUUAUGGGUUCUCCACACCUUGAAUUACUGAUGCCGAAAUGAACGCGGACUCUACCACGUUUUCAAAAUGUAAAUGCCGUGUGGCUUACUAUUCCGCCAGUAUAAUAUUAUAUGUGGAGUGUUGCCAAGUAAUAGGUGGGGAAAGAAGGAGUAAGAAAUGUGUGUGUGAGAGUGUGUGAAUACAGUGUUUGGCAUUACUCUCUGCAGAGGGCUGAGCAUCUCCUCAGCAGAAGAAGGCACAGCACUGCAUGCUUUACAGCCAUCUCUUUCACCAGCAGGCUAUGCCUGUGUCCUGUGUGUGGUGGGUGUCAAAGGGCAGAAAUCACCCUGGGGUAAUAAUGUGUGUAACUUCCAAUGUAGGUCAUGGUUACUUUAUAGUCCCUUCUGCUUUGCACUUCUUUGACUCAUCUGUUGAGGUUGCCACCAAGUUAUACACAGACAUACCAGAAAUGCACUGGUUCUUGUGGCAAUGGCAUUGAUUGGAUUCACGCUUGCCAGUUGUCUUCAGAAUCUGCCCUCAGUUGUGGUCUCAUUGGUGCUUGUGCCUAGAAGGUAAGCAAAUGUAAAUAAAUCCUCCUUUUGACUGUCAGUGUUGGAGAAAAUUCAGGCCUGAGCUGGUCAGUUGGGAUCAAGUGGAAAGUUUCCAACAAGCUUUUUGUUUUCUCCCAUAGGUCUAUGAUCAAUAGACAUUAAAUAGCUUGUCGAUAUACUUGGAGUGUGUAGGUGUACACUUGGUCAGUUUUUUAAAUACUUUUUUGCUAUUCCAAAAUAUUUUUCUCACAAUAACUUCCUGCUUCUUCCCACUGAAAAACAGCAACAGUGCUGCAUUACUUUGAGCUGUGUCCAUGGUCGGGAGAGUGGUUCACCUCUGGGCUGACUGCGCUUUGGCAGCUUUGUUCCCAGUCACUAAGGUAAUGUUUCUUACUGCAAAACCUGUCAAAUCGGAGAACUAGAGCAGACUGCCCCUUAAAGAAUUACUACGCGGAAACUAAAAUAAACAUAUGGGAGGCCCAUUAAGGCAGUCCAGACUGACAAAACUCCCUUUCAUGAACAGGAAAUGGGGUAGAUACUUAAUUUUGAUGCUCCUUUAUCUGGUGAUUGGAGAACUUAUUUGCACAGCCAUUGAAAGAAUGCCUUACUGAAGUACAGUUCUUGGAGGCUCAAAGUCUUGUCUUGAUUUGGCAAAGCUAAGGUUGUGCCAUCCAUGAUCUGAGCCAGGUGGGUAUAAAGGAUCACUGGGAGUUUUCUGGUUUUCAGCUCGGGCAUGUGGCUGGCUAAGUUUCUGUUUUGUUUUUUUUUUAGUAUAAAAGUUUGAUCUUGAGACAGUUCAGUGCCUGUAAAAAGUUAUAUUGCCUGGAGAAGUGGUAGUGUUUAAAUAGAUGUGACAUUAAAGCUCUAAGAGCCUGUAGAUUCUACAGGUUAAAUCCUGUAGGCAUUAAGGGAACCUCCUGUUUUAAGGGGACAUCUAAGAAUGAACAGUGAAAGACAGCUUGGCCACACUGUACCUGGACUGGAGACACCUGAAAAUCUUAGUAGAGUCCUUUUCAGACCAGACAAAAUAAUAGAGGUGGGUCAGCCAACAUUUCUGCAAAUUUAUUAUGUACUUGGCUUAUGUUUUAACUUGUUCUGGUCUGUAAUCCAUCCUGACAAUCCCAGUGGUUGAAAUCAUGUGAACAAUUUGUGUGGAUGUACCCAACAGAGAGGCAGGGGAGAAGCUGGCUGAGCUGGUGAAUCAUCCUGGACUUGACCACAGCAAGCAGCUGCUCAUUGGGGUCAAACAGCAUCCCUCCAGAGUCACACAGUCCUCUACUGUUCGUGCUACCUGAGCUCUAGUGAGACCCUGGAAUUGUAUGUUGCUAAUUAUAGUUAAAGCAGUUGGUUGCAAGAGACCCGCUAAACCUACUUGGCUCAGGUUUAACAGACUGGCUCAAGAGCAGGUCAGAGGUGUUCUUGAAUGCACGAACAGUCAGAGCUGUGCUCUUGCCUCAAAACUAUGGUAGUUGAACAGUUGUUAAAAUUCCACAGGCACUUUGUCAUGAGAAUUGAAUAGCCUGCUACAGUUUGUGUUUGCUACACAGUACAUUUCCAGUUUACCCCUGUUAAGAAAAAGCCCUGUCUACUCAUAACGUACAGAAGGCCGAGGUUUGUGAUUGUAAGCAAAUGUUCUCAAAGGUUUGCAUAGCUGAAUACAUCUCUGGAUUGCUUGCUGCCUUCUAUUUUUUCCCAAUUUAUAGACUGCUUGCCUCCUUUAGUGAAAAAUCUGGGUGCUGCUGAUGGCUUAAUCAUUGUCAAAAUUACUUCCUCUGUGUAUUUAGUAAUGAGUGACCAAGUGUAGCCCACAGGGGGCUGUUGCUUGGGAUUACUCACUUGAUGAUUAACUACAGUGAUGAUGGUGCUGAAAAUAAAAACUUGUGGAUGGAAUGGGUGAAGUAUUGUCAUUGGCAUCAUGCAUAAGCAGUUGUGACUGUUCAGUUACGUUCACUGAGUUCUAAAAGCAGGAGGACUGAGGAGCCCAGUGCAUCCUGGUCCUUCAGCACAGGAGUGUCUCUGACAUACUACCCCAGAGAGACACCAGUAGGUUUCUUUACUGUUCUUUUCAACUUUA